AGUAAGCUUUAGUAGAGAAUGCGAGAGCUUCAAAAUAUUAGUUCACCCACCGAUUAUUGCAUACGGAUACCAAGGGGAGGAGAAAGACAUGUAUCACCUCCCCCACGAAUCCACAGCCGCUUUAAAACACGAGGCGGUUAUUCACACUGACAACAGAGGCAGCUUGCUCUCAUUCACACACCAGUCAUUCUCAAUCAGAGCUCAUCUCCUGACAAAGAUCUGCAGCAGUCCAUACAGAGAACUGGAUUUACGAGUUAUUCUUCUAUUACGCGAAACAGUUUUCAGUUUUUAGUCAUGGAGGAUCAGGAAUGUGGGGUCUGUUACCUGCAUUACUCCCGCAUCGACCGCGUUCCCAGAACCCUCCACUGCAACCACACAUUCUGCACCCCCUGUCUGGAGGCAAUGGGGCAGCACAGCAGCGGCCUGCGCACCAUUCGCUGUCCCUUCUGUCGCCAGGUGACCUGUGUGGGCCAAGGGCUCAGCUUGCAGGAGGCUCUUUUUGUUAACAGCCAACUGUGGGACAACAUUUGUGAAGAGCAAGAGGAGGAAGAGGACGAGAGAGAGCAGGAAAAGGAGAAAGAUGGGAAAAACACUAAUAUGCAGGCGCUGCCCUCAUCCCAGGCUGAAUGUCAAGUGCCAAAACACUGCGGAUCCAAAUUCCGACUCCCAGCUUUCCUUAAGAGAAUGAAUUUGUCCAGCCAUCCUGAAGAGCGGAUUGUUCCCACCUGCAAUAUACAGAUGAUGUCAUGGCGAAGGCUUUCAUCAGAAGAGAUCAUUUGAAAAGUGGAAUGGACUAUAAACAAAGGAUUAACAAUAGAAACACUAGACUUUCCGUAUGUUUUGCUGCUGUCGUUAAAAGUGUAUGCCAUGUUCUAAUUACGCCUGGCAUACUGAAAGAGCUGGAGCAACAGUCGGUCCUGGAAAAGGUUGUUUAAAUGAACCCAAUCCCCUCCAUGUGUUCUGUGACUGAAUUUUCCAAUUGAAUAGCCACAAGUCUGAAUCCCGCUCCUCCAUCUAAGGGGAAGUUCUCAUUAGGUAUUCCACCUUUAAUCCGUCCCAGCGGCUGAGGCCGGGCUUGUUUCAGCUGUCCCGAGAGAGAGUGGGUCCCAGAUGGCAUCUUCCCCUUGAAACAUCUCCCCCAUGUCUCAAAUGGACUCUUUUAAGUUAUUAUGAACUUUGUUAUUUAUAUAAUUUAUAAAUGCUUGUAAAUAAAAAAUUCUGAUUGUUAAA